CAUACGAGAAAAAUUAAAAAAGUUGGAAAGAAAAAUUAAAAAAGUUGGAAAGAAAGAAGGAUAAUUAUUAAGGGAAAGAAAUAAUUAAUAAUAAUAAAUAAAUGAUAAGGGAGUGCUUAUCUGAACCGUCGGCCAAGAAGCGUAACUGCCACUUCGUUCGUGAUUGUAAUCGACAGUACCGCAUUCACAAGAGACUGUCAGUCUGCCUUGUCUCCCCUGGCGGUUCGUCGAUUGAGUCUGAGGCCCCUGCUCCCGGCUUAUCGUUGCCGGCGGUCACAACAAACCGUUCGACACACCGAUUUCAUUUCCUCCCGCCAUCCCGUGCUCCGAUCUCGUGGUCCCGUACUCUGCCAUCUCCGCCGGCAGCUUUGAUUCCGACGAGGGCCGAAUACCAGCCAAUUGAUCCUAGAGCUCUGAGCCGCAGAGAUGGAGUUUUUUGCUCUGGAAACAGAGCUUCUCGCUCCGACCCCGCGAAAAUCCCAACUUCGCCGCCUCCACUGAAGCUGCACAACGAUCUCAACCUCGAAACCAUCCCGCUGCACCCUUCGGCUUCGGCAGCAUAGUAGCGGUGCAGAUUGCACUACAAAAGCCGCCACUGUCCCGACAAUGAACGCCGGGAAGGUCCCACCGCCGAACGCCGCGUCGAACGGCCCGCUCCCUAGCGAGAUUACCAUUUGUGGCAAACAGAUCGACAGAUUCACCACCCCCAGCGAAAGCCCCUACCAGGCCCAAGAUCCGUGCGAGUAGAUCGACGCCAUCGCAAACGGAAUGUUGUACGCCACCACCAGAGGCAGCCCCAAAACUCCGAACACCGCCAACGCCGCGCUCUUAAUCCCCGCCGACGACUCCACCACCAUUCCACCACCACACCGCCGCGGCUCCUCUUCUCUCUCUCUUUUGCCGCCACUCUAGUGAUCACGAUCGUCAUCACAAAGCAAACCCCUAGGACCAUGGUUGUCAUGCCGGCCGGCGUGCCACCGGUUGUACCAGGUUCAACUGAUAUAGGUCAUAAAACCGGCGUGACACCACCGGUAUGACCGGCAUGAUCGAUAUACGAAUCUCUAAGUAAAAUGACAUUAUUUUAGCAAAUUUAAUUGAUAAAUAUUAUUUUAUUAUUUAUUUUAUGAGUAUAAAUGUUAAAUAUUGAU